AUGUGGUCUGUGAGCAUCAUCUUCCUGCUCGUGCCUGUGCUACAUGUAUCACAGGGUAUGACAGAUACUGAUUGCUUCACAUACCGUAAGCCAAGUGUGAACAGACAUGGGGACCUGAUGUUGGGUGGCUUUUUCCCCCUUUACUACACAGGAAGAAACAGCAGCAGUAUCCAGCUCACACUUUCUUACUCUUCUCGGUCUUGGUGGCUGUGGAAGAACUACCAAUAUGUGUUGGCUUUUUACUUUGCCAUCCAGGAGAUCAACAAGGAUCCUCACCUGCUCCCCAACUUGACCCUGGGAUUCCAGUGGUACAAUGCCUUUCCCGGUGAGCAGUUCACCUUAUGGAGCCUCCUAUACUGGUUGACUGGGAACACUGGGAAUUUACCUAACUACAUCUGCCAGACACAAGGAGUGCAGCUGGCCACCAUUGUUGGAACCGCUUCAGCACUGUCCAUUGAAUUUGGAACCCUUCUGGAACUCUACAAAACCCCACAGCUGACCUUUGGUCCUUUUGAUCCCAUGCUAAAUGAUAAGAAGCAGUUACCAUCCCUCUAUCAGAUGGCCAGCAGUGACAGUUCCCUGAGCAUUGCAAUGAUGACCUUGCUGCUGCAUUUUGGCUGGACAUGGGUGGCACUCUUUGUGUCUGAUGACAUGAAAGGAGAGCAAUUCCUGCAGGACAUUCAAGCAGAGAUGCUGAAGAGAGGAGUCUGUGUGGCCUUGACAGUGAAGCUCCCUGUCACCAAGAGGCUGUAUCAAGAGAGUGAUCUGACUUUCAUGAGUAGGAUCCAAGCUUCGACUGCAAAUGUGCACAUCCUCUAUGGUGAUGUAAGGGCCCUCAUUAACGUGGACAUUUCAGUGGAAUUCUUUCUAACCAUGGGGAAGGUUUGGGUGAUGGCAUCCAAGUGGGACAUCGUUGUGUAUGAGACAGACCACAUACUGCACUCUUUGCAUGGAGGCUUCUCAUUUUUCCCCCACAGGGAGGAGAUCCAUGGCCUCAAAGAUUUUCUCAAGACAGUGGAGCCUUCUCUCUUCCCAGAGGACUUUUACUUCAGUAAAUUAUGGCUCUUGCAUCUGGACUGCUCACCAGCAGGGUCAUUUUGUGGACGCAUUGGAAACUGCUCACCAAAUGCAUCCUUGGGGUUUCUUCCAGCACACAUUGACCUGAUGACCCUCUCUGACUCCAGCUAUUUAGUCUACAAUGCAGUGUAUGCUGUGGCCCAUGUUACUCACACAAUUCUUAUGGAGAAAAUGGAGCUGGGAUCUCUGGGAGAAGCUGCCCAGCCAGUGAUUCUUCCCUGGCAGCUCCACCCAGUUCUGAGGAAACUCCAGUUCAGAAACAGUGCUGGAGAUGAUGUAUCCUUGGCUGACCCAAGGCGUGGCGUGGCACGUUAUGAUAUCCAGAAUGUUGUGAAUUUUCCUGCUGGACUGAGCUUGCUGGUGAAAAUUGGAGAGUUUUACUCCACUAGUUCAUAUGAGCAGGGGCUGUUGAUCCAUGCAGACCUGAUAGAAUGGCCUGUUGCCUUCAAGGAGACUCCUCAGUCUGUGUGUAGCCAGAGCUGUGGUCCAGGAUUCAGGAUCUUGCCACAGGAAGGAAGACCCAUCUGCUGCUACACCUGUGUGUUCUGUCCAGAGAGAGAAAUGUCCAAUCAGACAGAUGCAGUGCAUUGUGUCCAUUGCUCAGAGGAUGAGUACCCAAACAGGGAGAGAACACAGUGUUUCCCUAAACUGGUGACUUUCCUGGCUUUAGAAAGUUUUCUGGGUACUGCUCUGGCCUGCAUGGCUCUGGCCCUCGCUCUCCUCACUGUUAUCGUGCUGGGGGUCUUUGUGAAGCACCAAGACACACCCAUCGUCAAGGCCAAUAACCGCAACCUCAGCUACAUCCUGCUCAUCUCACUCCUCCUCUGCUUCCUCUGCUCCUUCCUUUUCAUUGGCCGUCCCAACACAGCCACCUGCCUCCUAAGACAAACCACAUUUGCUCUCAUGUUCACACUGGCUGUUUCUGCUGUGCUGGCCAAAACCAUCACUGUGGUUUUGGCCUUCAAGGCCAUGAAGCCUGGAAGGACCAUGAGACGAUUGCUGGUGUCAGGAGCCCCAAAGGCUGUCAUUCCCAUCUGCUUCCUCAUCCAACUGACUCUCUGUGGCAUCUGGCUGGCAACAUCACCUCCCUUUGUGGACACAGAUGCACACUCUGAGCAUGGACACAUCAUCCUCUUGUGCAACGAGGGCUCCAUCACUGCCUUCUACUGUGUGCUGGGAUUCCUGGGCUCCUUGGCCCUGGGGACCUUCACUGUGGCUUUCCUUGCCAGGAACCUGCCUGACACGUUCAAUGAAGCCAAGUUCCUGACAUUCAGCAUGCUGGUGUUCUGCAGUGUGUGGGUGACCUUCCUGCCUGUGUACCACAGCACCAAGGGGAAGGUCAUGGUGGCUGUGGAGGUCUUCUCCAUCUUGGCCUCUGGUGUGGGUCUUCUGUGCUGCAUCUUUGUCCCCAAGUGCUACAUUAUUCUGAUAAAGCCUGAAAAGAAUUCUUUGAAAAGCUUGAAGAAAAAAACAAGUUCUAAUUGUGUCUAAAUAUUUUUUCCAAAACAUUCACUGUCAUCCUUGCAGCGUCUGUAA